CCGUCCUCGAGGAUGCCGUGCCAAGCUGGUAUUAGCCUCCAGUCCUGGUUGUGGAAGGUGACAGUAGUCAUGGUGAUGUUUGAGCAGAUGAGAGCCAACGUGGGCAAGUAGCUCAAGGGUAUUGACAGGUACAAUCCUGAGAACCUGGCCACCCUGGAGUGCUAUACAGAGACACAGACCAAGGAAAAUGCCUAUGAUCUGGAAGCCAACCUGGCUGUUCUGAAACUGUACCAAUUCGACCCAGCCUUCUUUCAGACAGUCACCACCCAGAUCCUGCUGAAGGCCCUCACCAAUCUGCCACACACCGACUUCACCCUGUGCAAGUGCAUGAUUGACCAGGCACAUCAAGAAGAACGGCCAAUCUGGCAGAUUUUGCACCUCGGGGACCUGCUGGAGACCUGCCACUUCCAGACUUUCUGGCAAGCCCUGGAUAGAAACAUGGACCUCUUGGAAGGUAUAACUGGCUUUGAAGACUCUGUCCGAAAGUUCAUCUGCCAUGUCGUGGGUAUCACUUACCAGCACAUCGACCACUGGCUGCUGGCCAAGAUGCUCGGGGGUCUGUGGGACAGCCAACUAAAGGUGUGGAUGAGCAAAUAUGGCUGGAGCACCGACGAGUCGGGGCAGAUCUUCAUCUGCAGCCAGGAAGAGAGCAUUAAACCCAAAAACAUCAUGGAGAAGAUUGACUUCAACAGUGUGUCCAGCAUCAUGGCCUCCUCCCAGUAAAUGCAGGUGUUUAAUAAAGAUGUGUUGACUCAAAAAAAAAAAAAAAGAAU